UAAAACAAUAUAUUCCCAAUCUUUGCCCCAACCAAACCCGGCAGCUUCAUGAUUUUUUUGCCGACCCUAACAAACAUAUGCAGAGGCUAGUUGCUGUCAGCAAUCAAGAACAAAGUAGCUUUACACAAAGUGGAGAAAUAAAUAAAAAAAGUUCCCGCCAAUCACGUAAAGAAUCCAAUACCUCCAAAUUCAACACUGUUUGUUAAUGUAUGUCUCUCAAUUUGGACUCACUAUGUAAACAACAAACAACACUCUUUCUUCCCACUUCACAAUUCUCACUUCCUUGCUCAGUCUAUCAAAGUUGAAUGGGAAAUGUUGUGGAAUUGAAGGUGGGUUUGCAUUGCGAAGAAUGCAUCAAGAAAAUCUUGAAGGCCAUCAAGAAGAUUGAAGCAGAUAUUGAAACAUAUAAUGCGGACGCACAACUGAACAAGGUCACAGUGACAGGAAACGUUACAACAGAAGAAGUCGUUAGGGUUCUUCAAAAGAUUGGGAAGAUGGCAACCACUUGGGAAGGAGAAGGACAAGGAGAAGGAGAGGGAGUAAAUUCUUGAACAACAAUAAUAAUCAUAAAAUAUUGCUGUAAUUUCUAUCUUAUUAGGGUUUUGAUCUUUUGAGGGGAUUCACAUCGCCUUCAAUUUUGUAUUGUAAUCUCUGCUACAAUAAAUAAAAUGGUUCCUCCCAAAUUGAAUUAGAUGAUGAACAA